AUGCAACGUUGGUGCUCUUUCCCCGGUGAAAAGCGGCAUCUGUACUGCUUCCGCUGUAGACACAACGUUACUGCCGUUUCCGCCGUUUACGGCUCCAAAAGCGACGGCGCGGCCAUUUCCGCCGACAAUAACACCGGUUACUUCCGUUUUCGCCGUCAACGAAACGACGCAGCAAUAUCCGUUGUCAAAGCGACGUCACUGCUGUUUCCGCCAUCGAAACAGCACCGUUACGGCAAUAACAACGUUCCUGCCGUUCCCGCAAUCAAAGCGACGGAGCUGCAGUUUCCGCCGUCGCACGACGAUUGCAGAAGGGCCUUGACCUUCGUAGACGCGGAAUGGCGCGGAGUGGACGCGGAAUGGCGCGGAGUGGACGCGGAAUGGCGCGGAGUGGACGCGGAAUGGCGCGGAGUGGCCGCGGAAUGGCGCGGAGUGGCCGCGGAAUGGCGCGCAGUGGAGGCGGAAUGGCGCGGAGUGGACGCGGAAUGGCGCGGAGUGGAGGCGGAAUGCUGCUUGGGGCGAGGCGUGGCGCAGCAGCAACCGAGGAAGCUGGAGCAACGAGCGUGA